CAACUCUGAUCUUGUGGGUUCAUACAAGGCCCUUACAAAAUACAAAAACCAUGAAGAAGCCACGAAUUUGUUAAAACGCAUUGCGUCACAGGUAAAACCAAUAAUGAAAAGCCAUUCUUGGCGUGUAGGCCGUUUGGAAGAAUUCAAUCCCACGGAUCCGCGUUUGCUUGGUGUUAAUGUUGACUACGGAAGUAUAAUAAAAAUCAGACUUCGACGACCUGGUAACGAGAAUUCGUUUAUUGAUUUCGAGAGUUUAGUGGGGACUAUGCUCCACGAACUAACCCAUAUAAUUCAUGGCCCACACGACGCAAAAUUCUAUUCCCUACUGGACAAAUUACAUUCCGAGUAUUACGUUCUUCUUGCUCGAGGUUAUUCUGGAGACGGCUUCUUUUCAAAACCAUAUUCCCUCAGCGCAGGUGCGUCACAUAAUGUAUCAUAUCAUGAAGCACGGGGGAAGAUGCUUGAAGCAGCCGAAAAACGAGUUGGAAUCAGAGGAAUUAU